ACGACCUAUAAAACGAAAGAUGGAUGGAUGGUUGAUGAGAUCGUAUGGAUAGUAUCGCUAUGACUAGAUAGUAUAGAAAGGGAGAGCGGAGAUGGAGAUGCAGGCUAUAAGAAAUCAUGAAAUCAUGAAAUCACUCAGCGGAGCUUAAACGAAAGCGAAAUUUCGUUGUUAACUAUUAAAUGACGACAUCUAGUCAGACAAAGGCCACACCAAAAAGGCAGUUCCACGUAGGUAAUUGGUCUGCGCAAAUUGCAGGGAAAUUAAUUUUAAAUUGCCCGCCAAAAUGUCGAACGAUUGGCACAUCGAAAUGUCAAUGAUUUGUGGGGCUGGUUAUUUUGUUUUGGGUUGGGAUUUGGGUUUUAUUUCGGCGAUGCCAUUGUUAUUCGCUGUUAUUAUUAUCGUGCUCUGCGGUCGCAUUGUGCAAUCUGUGCCAAUUAUUAGGAAUAAAUUAGUUGUCUUCGUUGAAUAUGCAUGGCAUAGGGGCCUUUAUCCGCAGUUAAUCCGCUGACAGACAGACAAAGCACUUGACACUCAUCAUCAUAAAUUGUCGCCGACAUCUGGGAGAUGCGCUUGAGUGCUGCUAAACAUAUAUAUAUGCUUAUAUGCUCAUCAGAAAUGUGUACAUUAAGGUCUGUCCCCAGUCUGUCUAUCUGUCCGGAAAGCGGUCUUAAAAGGUUCUUGCUGUUCGAGUAGUCCUCAGGGGGGGGAAAAACGGGGUCUUGAAAACGAAAGUAUGUACAUAUCUUUCCUGCCAUCAAAGAGUGCCAAUCAUAUGUGAAUGAAAGCCCAGACAGAGUGAAAGGCAACAACAACAUUAUCGACACAGGCAAUUGAAAUUAUAAUAAAGCUAAUUUGCACACAAGAAAUGAGUUGGCAGACAGCUUAGCUGCCUUAAUUAAUGGAGCAGCUUAUGUCCCUCAUCGUGGGAAGUACUUAACUUGGCUAGGUGUUCUCACUGCCCAAGUGUGGAUUGUAACUGGCUAAAUGGCAAAGUUAGACACCUGCACGAACCCGUACAAGGAAAAAACAUACCUAUUUAGCCAAGAACAACAAUAGUUGUGGCAAUCGCGAUCUGACAAAAGAGUUUGGCAUUGAAAUGAGCUGAGCAAACACAGUGGUGUGGUUACGCUGAAGUGCCGCAGGGUUCGACUUGAUCUCGGGAUCUUGAUUAAGCUUUCAGCAGAAAACGUGACAAUAUCUGUCUGUCAUUGUUUCUAUAAUUUUUCAAACAUCAUUGUUUACUAAUAGAAAACUGAUUCAUUAAUGUCUUAUUUACGAUUAUAUGAACUUAACUAAAAUAAUAAUAAUUAAGGUUUUAUCAGUAAGCUCUUAAAAUAAAAAAUCAACAAUGUAUAUUGUAAUGUAACACAAAAACCUUGGUUAAUAUAUAAUAGAUACCCCUAUACCUUUUUUAAUAAAUGAUAAGUUCAGCAUUUCAGCAACAAUUAACCAAAUAUAUCUCAAAAAAUGUUUCUGUAACUUUAGAAUUUAUAUAUCUAUUUAGUUUUAUGCGACUAAUAAGCCUUUCUGACAGCUUAAAGAGGGAUGCUUGCCUCAUUAGGCUUCCAGUCACGUGCACGCAUAAUGUGCUCUAUAAUCCCCUAUGCUAACCCCUCCCAGGCAACGCCCUUUAAGAUUCAUGAGGUGUGGAGAUAAGUAAAGUAACCAUAAACCAUAAACCAUCAAAGAGAUAUAUCUCCAAAGCUGGCCAUAAUCGUGACAACGACCCUCAAAGAAAAAUUAACCAACAUAAUGUACGAUCUUCACAUUGAUCGUGCACAGCUGCUGGAGCAUUAUCAUCCCAAAACCCAAAGUUGCUGCGGUCGAGUGCAUUGAAAAAGUAUUUGAAAAACCGCACAAAUUACAAAUCAUCUGCGAAACGUUUGGCAGGUGAAAGAUGAUGACGCACAAAACCAUUUAGACGGGCGGCUCGAUGAGUUUGCUGUCAUUAACGGGAAGUGGAGUCCCAUAGAGGGGAAAGGUGUGCUUAUAGCGGUGCCAAUAUCUGUGCGGCAUUAAUGCAACCCAAAUGCAUUGUGAUGCGAACCGUUAAGAGUUGAAUGACAGCCUACAUAAAUGGGCACGAUGCUUUUAUAAUGGCCAACUUUAUCCACAACUUUAUGUUUAUUUAUAAAGCUGCACCAUUAGUGACGAAAAUAUAUAUUCAAUAUAUUUAAUUGAUAUACAAUACUCAUAAUUGCACACAAAGCUAUUGCUCAAAAACGUAUAACUGACGCAAAACAGGCUCAGAAUAAUCCGGUUUUCAAACGAAACGUGGUGUUAUAAAUAUAUUUAUCAGUUACAACAUUCACAUUAAGCAGGUGGUUAGAUAUACAUUAGGUUAUCACACCGAUUUACAUUCAAUUAUGCCUUAUACUAUAGCUUUUUUGCUAGGCUGAACAAAAAUGAGUUAAAAAUAAAAUACUCUGAACUUUAAAUAAUAUUAAUAUCUUUAAUUGGUUCCAAUAAUAUAAUAAUAUCAGUCAUUUGGAAUUGAAUAUAAUCGACAAUACCCAAAUUUACCAAUCAGGCAAAUGUCAUUAACAAUUUUAUACAAUUACAAAAAAAUUAACAACCUGAACUAUUUUGGAUUACGAAAUAUAUCCAGUCUUCAAACCCGAAAUGAUCAGACUACAAGUUUUUUAUUUGUGUAUAUUUUGGCUAAAUACCUUUAGUUAUAUUCACGGGGCCUAUAAGUUUACUUGCGAACUGAGCGCUCCAGAUGUGGGUUACAUAGAGCAGUGCCACAUAAAGGCCAUAGAUAGAAAGCACAACAUGAUAAACAUUAAAACAAUUUUAAACAAAACGAUAACUCAGCUUGAGAUCCAUUUUAAGAUUGUUAAACGCGAGAGUGGCGGUUGGCAUCCCUUUUUGUACGAUAUAAGACUGGACUCUUGUCAAUUCUUAAAGAAUCCAAGGAAAUUCUUUAUUCCCAAUCUUAUUUAUUCGUUUAUGAAGCCAUACACAAAUGUGAACCACACUUGCCCAUACUUGGCUGGUUCAGAGAUGCAACUUUUGAAUUGGACUCCGGACGAAGGCAAAGUGAUAGCUAAAUUUCCCGUAGACUACGGCCAAUAUGGCCUACAUACAACUUGGUACAUCAACAAAGUAGCGACAUUAAAAAUAAAUGGCUCAGUUUUAUUUUUUAAAUAAUACAUGCCCCGAAAAUAACCAAU